UGACUUGCAAUAGAAAUGUCAACGACCCAUGUCUGUUCAUGCGAGGCAGUAUCGGGGCAGGGGGAAGUCUGUCGGAGUCUGCAGCACAGGCAGUGUCUGGGGAGGGCUGUGCGGGGCUGUGCCCGGUUUCCUGAGGCUCUGUACCGUGUUUCCCGGGGCCCCCAGGGCCUCCCUGCCUGCCGUGGCUGCUGUUUGGUGUGGUGUGUGUGGCAUCAGGGGCUGGGCACCGCUGGUGCAGGCUUAGCCCUGUGGGUUAGCUGACCUGUGGGUUUGCCUCUCCCCACAUCCUGCCCAUCUCCCCCUCCUCCAGAGCCUCCCAGAGAGCCGGUGCUCGGACGUGUGCGGAGAGGUCAGCUCGGUGGGGCGCCCCAAAACCCCCUGCCCAACCUCUGACACGAGUGGCAUGAACUUGGAGCUGGGCGAGUGCGGGAUGAACUCGGUGAGCUGUGGCAAUGGGAAACUCCGCCAGUGGCUGAUCGACCAGAUAGACAGCGGCAAGUACCCCGGGCUGGUGUGGGAGAACGACGAGAAGAGCAUCUUCCGCAUCCCCUGGAAGCACGCCGGCAAGCAGGACUACAACCGGGAGGAGGACGCCGCCCUCUUCAAGGCUUGGGCUCUUUUUAAAGGAAAGUUCAGAGAGGGCAUUGAUAAACCAGAUCCCCCUACCUGGAAGACAAGAUUAAGGUGUGCUUUGAACAAGAGCAAUGACUUUGAAGAACUGGUGGAGAGAAGCCAGCUGGACAUCUCAGAUCCCUAUAAAGUGUACAGAAUAGUGCCAGAAGGAGCCAAAAAAGGUGCAAAACAGAUCAGCAUGGAGGAACAGCCAUUAAUGAUGAACCAUCCCUUUCCAAUAGCAUCUCCUUACACUUCACUACCAUCCCAGGUACCCAACUACAUGGUGCCCCACGAGCGGAACUGGAGGGAGUUUGCCCCGGAGCAGCCGCAUCCCGACAUUCCGUACCAGUGCGCCAGCGUCCCCUUCGCCUCCCGCGGCCAUCACUGGCAGGGGCCCGGGCCCGCCUGUGAAAAUGGCUGUCAGGUGACAGGAACCUUCUAUGCUUGUGCUCCUCCUGAGUCCCAGGCUCCUGGCAUCCCGAUUGAGCCAAGCAUAAGGUCUGGUGAAGCCCUCGCUCUGUCAGACUGCCGACUCCACAUCUGCCUAUAUUACCGUGAAAUACUGGUGAAGGAGGUGACAACUUCCAGUCCUGAAGGCUGCAGGAUAUCCCAUGGCCAAAGCUACGAGGUCAGCAGCCUGGACCAGGUUAUCUUCCCUUAUCCAGAGGAUAAUGGCCAGAGGAAGAACAUAGAAAAGCUACUGAGCCACCUGGAACGAGGAGUAAUUCUGUGGAUGGCCCCUGAUGGCCUCUAUGCCAAGAGACUUUGCCAAAGCAGGAUCUACUGGGAUGGGCCCCUGGCGCUCUGCAGUGACCGACCCAACAAGCUGGAGCGGGACCAGACGUGCAAGCUCUUUGAUACUCAGCAGUUUCUGGCAGAGCUGCAAGCCUUUGCUCACCACGGACGUCCGCUGCCGAGGUACCAGGUCGCUCUGUGCUUUGGGGAGGAAUUUCCAGAUCCACAGAGGCAGAGGAAACUAAUAACAGCCCAUGUUGAACCAAUGUUUGCCAGGCAGCUGUAUUACUUUGCUCAACAAAACAGUGGACAUCUGCUGAGAGGCUAUGAUUUACCAGAACUUGUGACUAGCCCAGAGGAUUAUCACAGAUCUAUUCGCCAUUCCUCCAUUCAAGAGUAAGGAACCUCAGAAAGAGUGGUUUUAAAGGCACUGUAAAGACUGUGCAGAGUGGAAGAGCAGAUCUGGGUCAUGAUUUGGAGAUCCACAAUCCAGCUGGAUCCAGGGGUUCAAUGGUAGGAAAGUGACCAACUAGGACAACUGUAUUGUACAAUAAAAAUGACGAGUCUUCAACAUUUGGAUGCUGCGUCUCACAUAGGGGUCCACUGUUGCUGAGAAUUAACUCAAAACUGACAAAAUGAUUGCUGUGUUUACGUUUGCUUUAUGUUCUCCUUGGCUUUUGAGGACUGAUCCUUACUGAAGACUUAAAUCCAGAGUUUACACUGUUACCUUUGCAGGGCUAUUUAUUUUGGAUUACUGAUCUCAGGGAAAGUACAUAAACUUGCGGUGUUCCCAAUUUGAAACUGUAGCUACUGUAGGUGGGUAGCAGACGUAGAUGGUUUAUUGAGAAUAGCUAAUACAUGUAAGUGGUUAUAAAUUUAGAUUCAUAAGUGUGAUGCCUAUAUUCUUGUAUAGAAUAUUUCUGUGUAUUUUUUGAAAACAAUGCAGUUCUUCAGAGACAUAUUUUUUUAAUGCCUGACUGACACUUGUCCUGACAAUGAAUUUUGUUGCUGCCAUUGUUGUUAUUGGAUUAGCUUCCAUGAUAGCAGUUUCU